AUGAGGGUACACGUCCUGGCGGGGGUGAUCCUCUGCGUCCUGGUGAUCGUGCAGGAGAGUGAUGGCGCCAACGUCCGGAAGAAGGAUAACAGCUGUGUCUCAUCGGGCGGAGUAUGCAAAAGAUCCUGUCGUGCCCCACUUCCUGAAGGAGAAUGCCCAGGACAACAAGUGUGUUGUAAUCAGCGCAGGAGGCUUGCAAAAGGCGGACUGAAGCUUACGUCCAAAGAUAGCGAUGGAGGAAAGCGCAUGUGCAAGAAGACUUAUAAAAAAUGCAGAAACCAGGGCGGGAAGUGCGUCGAGGCAGGAACGUGUGCGACUCAGACUCUCGAAGGCGGUUGCCGCGGCUCCUCGUGCGAAUGCUGUCUUGCUGAAGAUUGCUCUACAAAAAUCAAGAAAAAAUGCGAGAACUAUGACGGAGCCUGCAAAGCCUCGUGCGCAGCGGGAGAACGGAUCAUCGAAAAGGGCUGCAAAGGAAAUAAAUGUAAAUGCUGUGCUGAAGCCUGCAAACCAACAAACAAAUGCGAAGGCGGUUUCUGCGUUGAAAAGGCAAAAGACUGCAGUGGUAAACUUCUGAAGUCGGGAUGCGAAGGGAAGAAGUGUUUCUGCUGCCUCCCCUCCCCCUGCGUGCCGAAGAAGAAAUGCAAGGGCGGUUUCUGCGUCUCGAAGAAGAAAGAGUGCAAAGGAGGCCAGUUCCUGAAGAAGGGAUGCAAGGGUAAGAAUUGCGCCUGUUGUAUCCCUAAAUGCGUGAAGAAAAAGAUAUGCAACGGUGGCUUCUGCGUCUCCAACAAGCAAGACUGCAAGGGCGUCAUACUGAGUAAUGGCUGCAAGUCUAAACCCAAAGGGGGAGAAUGUUACUGCUGCAUUGAAGGUAAGUUGUGGUGCCAUGUCGGGUUUAAUGUGAGAGCUUAA